GCUGACUGUGCUGGAGCAAUGGCGCCGGCCUUUGGGGCCACUGGCCCGAGCGUGUAAGUGGCUUCCGAGGCCGGAGAGCGGGAAGCUGCGGGCAGCAGCCGUGACGGACGGGGUCCGAGUUCCCCAAGAGCUUCAUCAUGAGUUUCUUAAUCGACUCCAGCAUCAUGGUCACUUCCCAGGUGCUCUUCUUUGGCUUCGGAUGGUUAUUCUUCAUGCGACAGCUGUUCAAGGACUAUGAGGUGCGCCAGUAUGUUGUACAAGUGAUCUUUUCUGUGACCUUUGCCUUCUCCUGUACCAUGUUUGAGCUCAUCAUCUUCGAAAUCUUGGGAGUGCUUAAUAGUAGUUCCCGUUAUUUUCACUGGAAGUUGAAUCUGUGUGUAAUUCUGCUGAUCCUUGUUUUUAUGGUGCCUUUCUACAUCGGUUAUUUUAUUGUGAGCAACAUCCGACUCUUGCAUCGACAACGACUGCUUUUUUCCUGUGGCCUGUGGUUGACCUUCAUGUACUUCUUCUGGAAAUUAGGAGAUCCGUUUCCCAUACUCAGCCCAAAACAUGGGAUCUUGUCCAUUGAACAACUCAUCAGUCGGGUGGGUGUGAUUGGGGUCACCCUCAUGGCCCUGCUCUCUGGAUUUGGAGCUGUUAACUGCCCAUACACCUACAUGUCCUACUUUCUCAGGAAUGUGACAGACACGGAUAUUCUAGCCCUGGAACGCCGACUGCUUCAAACCAUGGACAUGAUCAUCAGCAAAAAGAAAAGGAUAGCCAUGGCCCGGAGAAACCUGUUCCAGAAAGGAGAGGUGAACAACAAACCGUCGGGCUUCUGGGGAAUGAUUAAGAGUGUGACCGCUUCAGCCCCAGGAAGCGAGAAUCUUACUCUCAUUCAGCAGGAGGUGGAUGCUUUGGAAGAGCUAAGUAGACAGCUUUUUCUGGAAACAGUUGAUCUCUAUGCUACAAAGGAGAGAAUAGAAUAUUCUAAAACUUUCAAAGGAAAAUACUUUAAUUUUUUAGGUUAUUUUUUCUCUAUUUACUGUGUUUGGAAAAUUUUCAUGGCAACAAUCAACAUUGUGUUUGAUCGAGUUGGGAAAACGGAUCCUGUCACAAGAGGCAUUGAGAUCACAGUGAAUUAUUUGGGAAUCCAGUUUGAUGUGAAAUUCUGGUCCCAGCACAUUUCCUUUAUCCUUGUUGGAAUAAUAAUUGUCACCUCUAUCAGAGGAUUACUGAUCACUCUUACCAAGUUCUUUUAUGCCAUUUCCAGCAGCAAGUCCUCCAAUGUUAUCGUCCUGCUGUUAGCACAGAUCAUGGGCAUGUAUUUUGUUUCGUCAGUGCUUCUCAUCCGAAUGAGUAUGCCCCUUGAGUACCGCACCAUCAUCACUGAAGUCCUUGGAGAACUGCAGUUUAACUUCUACCAUCGCUGGUUUGAUGUGAUCUUCCUGGUCAGCGCUCUUUCCAGCAUCCUGUUCCUCUACCUAGCGCACAAGCAAGCUCCUGAGAAACACAUGACACCAUGAACAGAGAAGACUCAAGCCUGUCUUAAACUGCUGAAAGCCCAAGAACGUCAGAGAGGAGGGAAACUGAAGGGGUUGAGUUUUUUAGAUGACAAAAAUGCUAUAGUGGCUUACACUGCCUCCAGCAUGUCUAUACCUCCUCCCAUAAGGAAACAGUGGUCAUUUGUGUUAUCAGGAUUGGCAGGAGAGAGGACAAGCAGAUCCAACCUUCAGGCCAUGGAACAUUUUCUGUGUGCAGUAUGGUGCCCACACCAGAAAAAUCUAAACAAGUUGAGAUCAAAGGAAAAGACACAUUGGAAAACCAAGGCAGAAGGGAUUGCAUUGUCACUAUUCUUGGGUGAUUUUUUUUUUUGUUUAAAUUCCAAUUUCAUCAAGAACAAAAAAGGGAAACUGGUAGUCAUUAAAAUGAAAGUUUUUGUGGUA